AUGGCAGUUCCAAAAAAGCGCACGUCUAGAUCAAAAAAAAUUAUUCGGAACACUUUAUGGAAAAAGAAGGGAUAUUUGAAAGCAUUAAAAGCUUUUUCAUUAGGGCAAUCUAUUUUUACGGGGAAUUCAAAAAGCUUUUUCUGUAACAAAUAUCAACGUUAG